AAAAGUUUUAACUGGCGAGUGAUUAGGGCAUACGUGGCGUUCCACAUGGACUGUGGGGUUUAGUUUAUUUUGUGGGCUCAUGCCGUACUAUUUGGGGCAUUCUUUCGUACAGCCUGUCGUUCUUAAGCUCCCAUGGCGGUCCGUUUCGACUGCUGGCGAAAUACCGUGGUCAAGGCCCUGGCGGAGCGAUCGCGCUGGAAAUGUGAGCGCCUUGCGAUCCAUGACAGGCGCGCGGUGAAUUCUUAGAGAUUUCUAGGCAGGAAAUGGGCGGGCCAGGGUGCGCUAGUAGCAGCAGCAGUAGCAACGCCAUCAGCAGGGCGAAUUUCUGGUCAGCUUUCCUGGGAGUUCUGGCCGCGCUGGUGUGCGUGAUCCUCUUCGCCGCGGUCUACAUGUCCGAUGAUGGCAAGACGAUGAUGCUCCUCUCGCGCAAGACCCAGUCGUAUCUCCUCUGGUAUCAAGACGGCCAAUCCUCCGCUCCGGACGUGAGCACUCUAAAGGCGAGUCUCGCGGAGGUGGCCUUCCGUAACAAAACAGUAAUACUCACAACUCUCAACAAAUCGUGGGCUGACAACGAUAGCAUGAUCGACGCGUUCUUCCAAAGUUUCCGGCUGGGAGAUGGCACCCGCGGGCUGCUCGACCAUUUGCUCAUCGUCAAUCUCGACCAGGCCUCUCACACUCGGUGCUUGCAGCUUCACAGGCACUGCUUCAAGCUCGCCACCGAUGGCGUCGACUUUACCGGCGAGAAGGUCUUCAUGAGCUCCGACUAUCUCAAGAUGAUGUGGAGGAGAGUUGAGUUUCUACACAUCGUGCUCAAGCUCGGCUACAACUUCGUUUUCACGGACGCGGAUAUAAUGUGGUUUCGCGAUCCCUUCCAGCACUUUUCUCCCGAGGCCGACUUCGAGAUAGCUUGCGACCGUUUCAAUGGAAACCCCGAGGACCUCAGGAACGAUCCCAACGGUGGCUUCAUCCACGCCAUCUCGAGCCCCCGGACGAUCGCCCUCUACAAGCUCUGGUACGAGUCGCGACUCAAGCACCCAAACCAUCACGACCAGGACGUGUUUAACGACAUCAAGCACAGCCCCCAGUUCAAGGCUCUCAAGCUCAAGGUUCGCUUCCUGGAUACCAGAUACUUCGGCGGGUUUUGUCAGAUCAGCAGGGACUUCGACGAGGUGUGCACGAUUCACGCGAAUUGCUGCACCAAGCUGGAGAGGAAGCUUGUGGAUUUGAAGCUGGUGCUCGAGGAUUGGAAUCGGUACAGGAAUCUAUCGUCCCAGGAGAGCCGAGAAGUGAGGAUGUUUUGGAGAGCUCCCAGGGAGUGCUUACAUUCGUUUGGGCAUUGACAAGGAUCGCCAAAAAGAUAGUAGUGAGGAGAUUCUUUGUAAUGGAUUCGUUUUGUAAAUGUGCCUAAGGGGAAAGGUAAUAAAUUAUCACCCUUGUACA